AUGUCCGAGGAGGUUCCUUCAGUUCCUACUAAUGAUGAGUUGGUAGUCGUGUUGAUGCUGUUUGAGGAACGUGACGAUGAAGAGAAGGUGACUUCUCCCUUCAGGUGGAACACUGGUACGAAGGAGCGAAUGCUGAUCAAGGUGACAGACAGAGAGCCCAGCUUCCUGGCCCACCAGGGAAAUGGCUACUCCCCCUGCGACCCACCCACCCCUGGUGCUCCUUCUGGAGGGGGCACCACCUCACGUACCCGCCGUUCCUCUGGAGGAAACCCGCCUUCAGAACCCGACGGCUCCCCCGUUCUCUAUGCCGACCGCCGUCAGUCUCCCUUCCUGAAGCGGGCAGAGCUGGGUGGAACCUGCACCCACCGCCGCUCCUCGGCUGACUCCCAGCCUCCCUCGCCGCGCUAUGCCUAUGAACCCCCACUGUAUGAGGAGCCGCCAUCAGAGUACCAGCCCCCCCCCAUCUACGAGGAGCCUCCCACUGACAUGCACCUGUCUGACUCCACCUCAUUCUACAGCAAGUCACCCGCUCGCAAGUCUUCAGCCCCCAUCUAUCAUUCCCCCAAGCAGGGCCAGUCGCCCUACGGCCAGCUGGUUCUGACCAGGCAGAAGUGUCCUGAAAAGACCCAGAGUCUGGAGUACAGUCCUGUGGGGAAGGAGUAUGUCAAGCAGCUGGUAUAUGUGGAGCAGUCGUCUUCCAGCCCUCGCUUCAAGACCGCCGACCGUCUGCUGCGUUACGGCACUACAGGGGGCUACGGCGGCUCAUAUGGGGGGUCUUAUACUCUGCAGCACAGCCAGUCUCUGAUCAGGGACCCCCGCCUACUGCUGGACUACAGUGGGGAGGGUGGAGAGGGAGGCCAGAGGUUGCUUUAUGAAGACUCCAUAUCCUGGACGUCCAGCCAGACACACUCCCUUUCAUCAUCCUCUGCAGGCGGUCCUGGGGCUUUCUCCCCCGGAGGUAAUCGCAAACGCAAGAGCCGCAAGCCAUCCCUCCCCCAGGAGCUGGCACGCUGCGGGGGGUUAGAGGGGGAGCUGACAGGCACAGCAUCCGAGGCAAUGCUAGCCCAGGCCAGGCUGGCAUGGGAGGCGCAGCAGGUGAUGAAACAGCGGAGCAGUUGGGACUCGGGACAGGGGGGAGGGGCGACCCAGGGCGGCGGCUCCAAAGACGGCUAUGAGAGCGACGGGGCGGUGCCUCUGCCGUUGCCUGGACCAGUCGUGAGGGCGUACAGUGAGGAUGAGGCACUGGCGCAGAGCGACGGCCACCACUGGAAACGCAGCACCUUCGAUCGGCUGGGCUUCCCCCAGGCCCUGCUGGAGAAAAGCCUCUCUGUCCAGACCAACCUGGCCUCCCCUGAGCCGUACCUUCACCCCUCACAGUCGGAGGACCUCGGAGCUUGUGCCCAGUUUGAGGCCAGUCGAAAUGCCAGGAAUAUGAUGCCGAGCGCCAGCUGUGGAAUUUUCCCAGAGUUCACCCUGAGAAAGCCCUCUUCAGAGACCGACAUUGAGAACUGGGCGUCCAAACACUUCAACAAACACACACAGGGUCUGUUUAGAAGAAAAGUUUCCAUUGCCAACAUGCUGGCCUGGAGUAGUGAGCCCAUCAAGAAGCCCAUGAUUGUGACCUCAGACCGCUCCGUGAAGAGGGAAGCAGUGGACAUCUUUAAACUCAUCCAGACCUACAUGGGAGACCGUCGCUCCAAGGCUGAUCCCCUCUCUGUGGCACUGGAGGUGGUGGUGCGUGGGUGGAGUAACCAGGGUCUUCGUGAUGAGCUCUAUAUCCAGCUGUGUCGUCAGACCACAGAGAACUUCCGCUACGACAGCCUGGAGAGAGGCUGGGAGCUCAUGGCCAUCUGUCUUGGCUUCUUCCCCCCCACACCCCGCUUUCACACCUAUCUGGAAGGCUACAUCUACCGACACAUGGACCCGCUCAACGACACCAAGGGAGUGGCCAUUAGCAGCUACGCUAAAUACUGCUACAGGAAACUGACAAAAGCUGCUCUGACUGGAGCCAAGAAGGGCCUGCAGAAGCCUUGUAUAGAGGAGAUCAAGCACGCCAGGAACGCCAUCUUCAGUCCCUCCAUGUUCGGCUCUUCCCUGGAAGAGGUGAUGGUGCUCCAGAAAGAGCGAUAUCCAGACAGCCAGCUGCCCUGGGUGCAGACUCGCCUUUCUGAAGAGGUUCUGGGUCUCAAUGGAGACCAGACAGAGGGCAUCUUCAGGGUACCAGGGGACAUAGAUGAAGUCAAUGCCCUCAAGCUGCAAGUGGAUCAAUGGAAAAUCCCCACAGGACUGGAAGAUCCGCACAUCCCGGCGUCUCUGCUGAAGCUCUGGUACAGGGAGCUGGAGGAGCCACUGAUCCCUCAUGAGUUUUAUGAGGAGUGUAUCAAUCACUAUGACAACCCAGAGGCAGCUGUCAACGUGGUGUUGGGCCUGCCACACAUCAACAAACUGGUGCUCUGCUACCUCAUACGCUUCCUACAGGUAUUUGCCCAGCCUACCAAUGUGGCCAUCACCAAGAUGGAUGUGAACAACCUGGCCAUGGUCAUGGCUCCCAACUGUCUGCGCUGCCAGUCUGACGACCCCAGGGUGAUCUUUGAGAACACCCGCAAGGAGAUGUCCUUCAUCCGGGUGCUCAUCCAGCGGCUGGACACCAGCUUCAUGGAUGGAAUCCUAUAGCCCCCCCCCCACCACCACACACACACACACACACACACACACACACACACACACACACACACACACACACACACACACACACACACACACACACACACACACACACACACACACACACACACACACACACACACACACACACCAUCCAUACAUUACCCCAGCCCUUAUGCACUCUUUACCCCCUCUGUAACAGGCCCCCACACACUCCCCCAGCACAGGAACAUACACUCUGCUGUAGCUGGGUGAAUACUUUGCCUCUCCAACAUGUUUGCUUUUCUCGAACUAACAAACUGCCUUGUUUUGAGUUUGUCCACGGUACAUUUUGAGUUGAACCAGCAUUUUUUUAUAUUUCUGUAGUUGUAACCCUUCAACUGACAUUUACAUAAGAAAAAACACCCUUGGUAUUGGAGUUCCAAGGUUUUCAUAUAACAGUGCUGUGUGUGCCUUCACAUACAUUAAAUCAGUACACAUACAGAAUGAAGGAA